AUGAGCGACAAAGCUGCACCCCAUACGGCAGAGGAUGUCUAUACCACUCCCCAAAAGAGAGGUGGUGUCGUCAACAAGCUGUAUCCCCCUGGACCACAGCCCGGCGCAAAGGGUCGCAUGAAGAACCAUUGCAGGAAGUUCUGGUGGUGUGACUGCUUGGUGCUCGCAAUCAUCAUCUUGAUUAUCAUAUUGCCGAUUAUCUAUGUUGCCAUACCAAAAAAGGCACAGAGCGAAAUCAAUGCUUCGACGUUGGAAGUCACCUCUGAGGGUUACCAGAGCGAUAGUAGCUAUCACCCCGAGAUUGACGCUUUCCGCGCUGGUCUAUCACUUGAAGGACAGGAACCUUUCCUGUACCUGAACGUCCCAAAGGCCAAGUCUGAGAAAGAGACACGUAUCACCAUUGAUCAAGACGUCAAAUUGGCGUCCCUGGCUGCUUUCUCCAACUACACCAAGACGGUCCUCGGCAGUGAAAGCUUCGACCUCCGCCUCGAUGGCAAGACAAACAUCCACCUUUCUGGACUUCCAACCAUGGAUGUCAACUACAACAAAAUCAUCACCAUGAAGGGCCUCAACAGACUAGCUGGUCUCAACAUCACCGACGUCCGUAUCCUCUCUGGCGCCAACGAGAUUCUCCCCGACGGCUCCAACCUCGUCGGUAACGUCAGCAUCCCCAACCCCUCAGUCAUGACCCUCGAUCUCGGCAACGUCACCAUGAACCUAGGCGUCGACGGCAAAUCCAUCGGCUACACCCUCAUCCAGAACCUCCUCCUCAAGCCCGGCGACAACAAAUUCCCCAUUCAGAGCCACGUCGACCAGCUCACCAUCCUCGGCCUCAUCACCAGCAAGUACAAGAACGCCAUCCUUCCCCUCGAAAUCGUCGGCAACUCCAGUGUAAAGAACGGUCAGCAUUUGACUUACUACGAGGACGCUAUCAAGAGCAACACGGUCAAGUUGAACUUGGAUGUUGGCCCUGCGUUGGCUGGUAUUGGUAUCAACACCACGAGCUUUGGGUCUUGA